GCGGUCAGCAUGGCGGCAAGACGUGUAUUUUUGAGCUCCGCCAUUUUAUUACUUCUCUUGGGAUUUUCGUUGUCUUUUGAACUUUCUGAUCAAAUUUCUGAUUACCAGAAGUUCGGAGUGUCGUUUAUUAUUAACCAUGGCUUGCUUAUCAGUGGAAGGACGGCUUAUUUUCUUGCUGGUUACGAUUAUUUGACAAGACCACGUGGAAGAAAGUACUUUUCUACUCGAAUUUGCCGUUAUCCCAAUGCUCAAAUUACUUUUAAUUUGAAUAGACUUGCUACUAGUGGUGAUAUCAACCCUAAUCCAGGGCCUAUCUUCUCAGGGAACAGUACUAAUACCUUGUGUUCUGUUUGUAUGAAGACUGUGGCCAAGACUCAUCGAGCAAUUGAAUGUGACUUAUGUUUCAAGUGGUGUCACAUCAAAUGUGGCGGCGUCUCACCUACUGAAUAUAGAAACCUGCAAAAUACCCUAAAUUUUGCUUGGACAUGCCCUACAUGUAUAUUGGAUCUACAGUCGUUAC